AUGGUCAAGAACCAAGCCCACAGUUAUCUCAGAGGCUGUCACUUUUACUGGGUAACGUACAGAAGACGGGGUGCUGCAGAACUCACCAGCAGAACAAUGAAGAGGAUCCUGGUUCUUCUGCUUGCUGUAGCAUUUGUGCAUGCUCUAGAAAGAGGCCGAGAUUAUGAGAAGGAUAAAGUUUGCAAGGAACUUGCCAAUCUGGGAAAAGACGACUUCAAGUCUUUAUCAAUGGUCUUAUACAGCAGAAAGUUUCCCAGUAGCACAUUUGAACAGAUCAGUCACCUUGUGAAUGAAGUUGUCUCCUUGACGGAAGCCUGUUGUGCUGAAGGGGCUGACCCUGACUGCUAUGACCUCAGGACCUCAGCACUGUCUGCUAAGUCCUGUGAAAGUGAUUCUCCAUUCCCAGUGCACCCAGGAACUGCUGAGUGCUGUACCAAAGAGGGUCUUGAACAGAAACUCUGUAUGGCUGCCCUGAAGCACCAACCGCAAGAAUUUCCUACCUACGUAGAGCCAACAAAUGAUGAAAUCUGUGAGGCAUUCAGAAAAGAUCCCAAAGACUUUGCUGAGCAAUUUAUGUAUGAAUAUUCCAUUAAUUAUGGACAAGCUCCUCUACCACUCUUAGUCAGUUAUACUAAGAGUUAUCUCUCUAUGGUAGGGUCCUGCUGUACCUCAUCAAACCCAACAGUAUGCUUUUUGAAAGAGAGACUCCAGAUGAAACAUUUAUCACUUCUCACCACUAUGUCCAACAGAGUCUGUUCACAAUAUGCUGCUUAUGGGAAGGAGAAAUCAAGGCUCAGCCAUCUCAUAAAAUUAGCCCAGAAGGUGCCUACUGCUGAUCUGGAGGAUGUUUUGCCACUAGCUGAGGAAAUCACCACAAUCCUUUCCAAGUGCUGUGAUUCCACCUCUGAGGACUGUAUGGCCAAGGAGCUGCCUGAAUACACAGUAAAGAUCUGUGACAACUUAGCCACAAAGAACUCUAAGUUUAAGGACUGUUGUCAAGAAAAAACGCCCAUGGACAUUUUUAUGUGUGCUUACUUCAUGCCUGCUGCCCCAACACCAGAGCUGCCGGCUGUCGAGCUGCCUACAAGUCAAGACGUAUGUAAUAAAGGAAACACCAAAGCCAUAGAUCAAUAUACAUUUGAACUAAGUAGGAGAACUCAUCUUCCAGAAGUAUUCCUCAGUAAAAUCCUUGAGCCAACCCUGAAAAGCCUUGCUGAAUGCUGUGAGUCUGAGGACUCUACUUCCUGCCUUAAAACACAGGGCCCUCAACUGAAAAAGGAAUUAUCUUCUUUCAUUGACAAGGGACAAAAACUAUGUGCAGAUUAUUCAGACAAUACUUUUACUGAGUAUAAGAAAAAACUAGCAGACCGGUUAAGAGCCGAAUUGCCUGACACCAGUGACCUGGAACUCCAAGGGCUGAUUGACAAGCGCUCAGACUUUGCCUCCAAGUGCUGUUCAGUAAACUCCCCUCCUCUCUACUGUGAUUUAGAGAUUGAUGUUGAAAUGAAAAAUACUCUAUAAUCUGGAUACAUGUGUGUUGUCUUAGAUCUCGUGCUGGAACCACCCUGGGAAUAUCUGAUGGCCUAACCUAAGCAAAACCAGAACUCCUGGGGACACCAGUAAAAAACUUCCUGCUUUUUAUUAACCACAAUAUCUUUAUCCAAUGAGAAGUAGGAUAAUUUGCUAUAAAAAUAAAUAUAAUGCAGAUCAUAAAUGUCACCAAGGAUAACGUCACAAUGUUGAUUUUCAGCACUGUCCCUGUGAUUUUCACGAAAUUGCUGAGAUAAGCAGCCCCAGCCUCACAAGCACCUGGUUUCUAUCUCGCUGGUGUUUCUAGAUGAUGCACAACAUUAAGUAUCCACUUUCAAUUCCCAGUACGCUAAGCUACAUUCUUCGACUGCUCCUCAGGCUUCAUAGGCAACAUUAAGGAAAAGUUGGCCAGACUUCUAUCAUAAAUAGCCUGGGAUAACUCACUUCCUUAAGAAACACAACAAAUACCUUCUUGAGAAAAACCUUCCUCCUCCCAGCUGCAGGGUAUGGGAUUGAGUAGGUAACAUCUACUUUCCAAAAAGAAAUCCUCUCUGGCCUGAACAAGUUUAUUUUUGUUAAAGAUAACUCCUCAGAGCAAUUUACUGGGUCAGAGUUCCAAAAACCUGAUUUCAGCUUAAUCCAUUUACCAUGUGUACACUGUAUAGGAUAUUAUUUCUAUGUGCUUUCUUUCUCAGGGAAAGUGAAGGUGUUCUAACCAAACAUAUUUAGUUUUGAAAAAAGAUCAUACCUUUAGAAUAAAUACCUCUCUGAAACCAAUACAAGCCAAGAAAAACUUCUGUGUUUACAGUUAAUUACCUGAAGGAAUUUAGAUUCAUCGCAUGGUAGAUGUAGAAUUCUAUGGUAGAGAUGUUGAUUUUAUAGCAAAUGAUACUGGUGUCGCAUUAACCAAAAUCAUAGUUGGUCGCUCCUCAAGAUUCUAAGUCCCAGGAGGGAGAACUUCAUUCAAACAAGGUCAAAUGCCUAAAACUUUAGCUCCCAAUAACUAGGGAAUAAAAGGCCUGUGCCUGUGCCUUUGCAGCUUUGGUAGAAGGUUGAGUCCUAUCUUCCAUAAAGAUUCCCAAAUGAGAAAUUAACUUCAAAUGGGAAGUUCUUCAGUUACCAUGAUGGGGGUGGAGAGAAGGCAAAAACUAUAUGCUACAUAUUUAGGCAGGAUUUUAGAUUUCUUGAAGUUAUCAUUUCUGAAAGUACCUUGCUGAAGUUUCAAAACCUACUCUGAGAUGUAAACAUCACUGAUAAAAAUAAGAAUGAAAUUCCAAAAAGGCAAAUGAAUAGCCCAAGGCAACAAUAAAGAACAAAGAAGAGACUUCAUUUUCGAGUCCAGUAACCUUUGCAAGAUUAAUGGACAUACCUGAAGAACGUGUUCCCUAACUAAACUAACUCUGGAAACAAUAUAGUUUAGCUCCCUUGGAGAGUCACAAUUACUGUGUACAAUUUAAUAUUCCCUAUAUUUAACCAUGGACCCCUUUUUCUUUGGAUAUCACCCAGAAUUAUUUCUCUGUAAAUUUAACAUGGGAAAAUCCUGCUCUGUUCUUAUUUAAUAAAUCACAGUCACAAAAUGUUCAUUAACCACUACAAACAA